CCCUGUCGGCAUGUUGCAGAAAGCAUUGCUAUAAUAUCAAUGACUGCUUACUUUCACUUUUCAGUCGAAGUCGAAGCUAAAACAUAUUCGAAUUCAGUAAAAUGUUUUGAGUAAUUGGCAGCUAUUUUAACAAAGUGUUUACAAUGAAUAUUCCACCCAUUCAACAACCAGGAGCUAUUGGGGUAGGGCAAAUGACCCAGUCCGUAAAUCCUCAGAUUCCUCAAAAUCCACAACAAGCACAGCCACAACAGGUCCAACAACAACAGCAACAACAGCAGCAACAGCAACAGACACAAGAGAAACUUGACAAUAUUUCUAAAGUAAAAUCUUUAAUCGGACCACUAAGAGAUUCAUUAUCUAUAGCUCUGAAAACUGCAGCUCAUACACUGCAUCAAAAUAGUUUAGUAGAUGUUGGUUCCCUUAAAGGAGUCGACCAACCUGACCACCGUUUUAAUAAGAACAUGGAAGAAUUUUAUUCCAUCUGCGAUCAAAUAGAAUUACAUUUAAAAACUUCUAUAGAAUGUUUAUCACAGAAUUCUAGUUCUCAACGCUAUUUACCAGUAUCUGUGAUACCGACACGUACUGAUACCGUUGGAGGACAAGAAGGACCAGCUUUAACAUAUCCUCAAUUCUUAAUGACUGUAAGAGCACAAGUUUCAUAUGCUCGUGAGAUACAUGACACUCUAAUAUCUGCAGCACAUACGAUAGCAUCUGGUGAAUAAUUAAUUUUUUCCUAUGUAUAUAAUUUAUCUUAAGAAAAAAAGUGUAAUAGAAAUAAUGAAUAAUGUCUGAUGUAUAAAAAGAAUGUUUUGUAUAAUAUAAAUUCAAUUCAGUAUAUAAUGUAAUUAUAAUAUUUUUUUACAAUAGGUAGUCAAAAUUAUUUUCUAUUUAUUGUAACAUUACAUUAAAAGGAAGAAACACGUUUGCAUCUAACUUUACAAGAAUCUCCUUUUUAUUGUUAUCAUCAUAAAUAAAAUCUGGUAUGCAAGUUGUUAA